AUGGAUGUAGAGGAGACCCAAACCACCUCCAACACCGUAAGGUCCGAAAUCGCUGCUCCCAAAGCGUUGGCUGCACCCGUUGCCGCUCCAAGGACCAAUGUUAUGCGCCCCCCGCCAUCCGCCGCAGCAGUCAGAGAAAUAAGAGAAGAGCAGCUAGUGGAGCCACAGGGGCCUCCAUGUUGCAGCCUGUGCCAUCGCCCACACGCCCUGAAACGAUGCACCAUCUUCCAAAGUAUGAAGCCCGCUCAACGACAGCAGGUUGCACGGGCCCACGGGCAUUACAUGACCUGCCUGGCAGAUGACCACGCCACCAUAGAGUGCUGGGCUGACGGUGCCUGUCAAUAUUGCCACAGGCCGCACCACACUCUGUUCCAUCGAUUUCCCACACGAGCCAAUCACAUCAACUCCCGUACCAGACCACGCAGCGAUCCUAUCCGGCGACGACGACGUACCCAACCAACCACAACACGUACACAGCCAUCUCCGCCACGCCACGCUCAUCGCCAGCAACAACGGCGCUCAACAGGGUUGAGCGCUGUACUCAGUACACUACAACAGCUGCAAUGGCUCCUAGCCGAUUAA